CUGUGGCCUGCAAAAUGCCCCGAGGCCAAGGGACAAGGCUGUCCCGCCCCUCCAGAACCUGCAUAGAAGCCGGCCCAGAGCCUCUCUCCCUCACACACUUCUCCUGACGCCUUCUCCUCCUGCUCCUGCUGACAAGGGACCCUCCACAUCACAGCCAUGGCCUGCAACAACCGCUGCCAGCCCUGCGGACCCACCCCGCUGGCCAACAGCUGCAACGAGCCCUGUGCCCUGCAAUGCCAGGAUUCCCACGUCAUCAUCAACCCUUCCCCUGUGCUGAUCACCCUGCCAGGACCCAUCAUGACCUCCUUCCCCCAGAACACCGCCGUCGGAUCCACCUCCUCGGCUGCUCUGGGCAGUGAACUCAGUGCCCAGGGACAGCCCAUCUCUGGUGGAUUUGGCUUUGGCCUUGGCUACGGCCUGGGAGGCCUGGGCUGCUAUGGCAGAAGGGGCUAUGGCUACAUCUGCUAA